AUGGGAAGACUUGGUAAUCGAACAAGAGCGAGACGUGGCGUCGUCGACAACCAGGUUCUUCCCUCCGAUUCAUCAGGCCGAAUUGAACCUACCCCUUACCGAGAUGUCCCAAGACAGCUCGACUUGAAUUGCGCAGGAAUAAGCCCUCCAAACAGCCGACUCAAUUUCAAAGAGAGAAAAGUCAACAAGAAAGGCCGUGGCCGUGACGUUGGGCCUUCCGUUCGCCGAUCAUCCUCCGGACUACAUUGUUUGCUCCAUCAUGUGCAACACGUCAUUCCAAGCCAGAAGAUUUCUGGCUUUCCCGCGCAUACGUGUGCGCAUCAUCUGUCCUCGUUUUUGCUCAAAACGACGUUGACUCUCCACCAAUCGCAAAUGCGAAGACCCGGACCUCCACUUUCGGAAUGUCUAUUGCCUAUCUGGCACUCGGAGCUGAGGAAGACAAACUGGUCUAGCUUGAAGACGCAGGUUCCAUGUUUAUCCAGCGCCCUACUUCAAUAUGCGUUCACUGCACCCGAUGCCGACGUUAUCCUUGUCGCCAACGGCGCUCCCAAUGCUGAUGACAGUUCUGCGACUGGGACUUCUUGUACCACAGAGUUCCACGUUCACAGCUGCAUUCUAGCAGCAGCCUCUCCAUUCUUCCACGACCUCUUUACCUUACCCCAGCCAUCGGAAACGUCGGAGAAGAAACCUCGCAUUCCAGUAUCGGAAAGCGCGAGUGUGCUGGACACGCUUCUACGAUACGUCUACCCCAUCUCCAACCCCAUCAUUAGCUCUCUGCAUGAUCUUCAGGCUGUCUUAGAAGCCGCUGUCAAAUACGACUUAGACUGCGCCAUCUCUGUAUUGCGCAAGACACUUGUCUCCCCCCACUUCUUAGAGAUGUCCCCUUUGCGCGUCUAUGCCAUUGCUUGUCGGCAUAACUUAGAAGAAGAAGCGAAGAUCGCCGCGAGACGCACACUCAACACCAAUCUGUUGGACGCGCCCUUGUCAGAAGACCUGAUGCACAUCAAUGCAUAUUCCUAUCAUCAGCUCCUCACGCUGCACAGGCGCCGCUCCCAGGCUGCGCAGGCUCUCAUCAGAAUGACAGACCAGGUCAAAUGCAUGCAGUGCAAUGGCUCUCCUUUCGGUGUGGAUGGGGCACCAAAGUGGUGGUUCGUGUUUGAGAAAACGGCCAAACAGGAGCUGGCGGGCGGCGAAUAAGGCUGGGUGCCCGAGGUGUCCGGAAAGCGUUCUGGAUUCGUGGAAGUUCUUGCGGGAUUUGAAAGCUGCGAUUGACGCUCUUCCUGAGAUGAUAUAAACGAUUCCCCAGGACGCGCAGGACUUUAUACAUUAUCUUA